AUGCUUUGUCCUCCUUCCACCGUGCAGUUGCUGCUCCUAGAUUUCUGGCCGCCAGAUGUGAAGCUCAUCUCUGCAUGUGCUGAGAAUCACUGUGAAGAAGUUGAAGCCCUACUGCAGAAGCCCGUUUCUCCAGACGUCCCAAACCAUGACGGCUGGACAGCGCUCCAUAUGGCGGCUUGGGAAGGCCACUUGCAGUGUGUGAGUUUGCUGCUCGAAGCAGGGGCGAAGCAAGACCAAGAAGAUCCCUUCGGCUCAACGGCUUUGUAUUGGGCAGCUGAGAAUGGUGAUCCCAAAGUGGUAGAGUUGUUGCUUGCUGCUGGAGCCGACCAAGACAAAGCUGCGAAUGAUGGGACUACAGCCUUGCACAUUGCAAGCGCCAUUGGCCAUCCGCAAGUGGUAGAGUUGUUGCUGGUGGCCAGGGCUGACAAAGACACGGCAGCGCUUGAUGGAACCACAGCUUUACACAUUGCAGCUGGCAACGGCCACACCAAAGUCGUGCAGUUGUUGCUGAAUGCUGGGGCUGACAAGGACAUGCCUAGAGCAGAUGGGGAUGGAACCACCGCUUUGCAUCGAGCCGCGGGGAUGGGCCAUCCCGAGUUGGUGCAGUUGCUGCUGGCCGCUGCCGCUGAUGUUGAGAAGAAGGCCUUCGGAGGCGGAGGCAGUGCCCUGCACUUCGCUGCUGGAAAUGGCCGCAGCGAAGUGGUGCAGGUGUUGAUUCAGGCGAGCGCCCAAGGGAUCACAGAGUUGACCAGAGAUCCUCGAAUUGCGUUGGACCUGGCGGCCAUGUUUGGGCAACUGGAGACGGUGCAGCUCUUGCUGCAGGCCUACAGGGACCACUUCAGUUUCGGCGACCUCUGGAGCGCCUACGCAUCGGCCGAGCGGAACGGACACCGGGAUGUCAUGCGCGUCCUCUUGGCAUGA